GACCCCAGAGGAGACGCUACCAUUCGCAAAUCAAGCCAUCUCAACGUCUCGCCAUGAACUUCAAGCUGAUCUUCCUAGUCUCGAUGCUGCUGAUGGCCGUCUUUUUGGGCCAAAGUGAGGCAGCACCGUUCCGGAAAUUCGUUAGAAGACUGCGAGGAGCCGGACGUCGAGUAGGCAACGUAGUAAGGAAGGUAGCCCCCGUGGUCGCAGGAGCUAAAGCCGUCAUAGGCUAAUGGACACAACACCUUCGAUGAACCGAAAACGACCCCAGCCGGGCGGCAUCACCCCACAGCGAAUGUCGACCCCAAUAAAGUCUCCUCCCGAGUUACUUCCUUACACAUAAGUGAGCAGAUCAAACACCCCACGGGACGUG